UAUCUUUGAUUGGACUCUCCCCGUAUUUAAAGCGAGUAUUUAAAGAGGUCUCCUUCUCUGCCUGUUGACCUCAACUAGUGGUGGAAUUUGGCCAACUCUUUGAGUUCGAGAAUCAAGUACUGAGCCUAGCCAGGGAUGGCAAGUCCACCUAACAUCAAUCAACUCACUGAAGAGCAAAUCCUGCAUGAGAUUGAGGCUUUACAAAACCAACCAUUCCCCUUCACUGAAGAACAGACUUAUCGAUUGAUUCUGCUUUAUAGCAACAGGAUUGAGGCUGUACAAAGCCAACCAUUUCCCCUCACUGAAAAACAGACUUCUGAAUUAAAUCUGUUUAGCAACGAGAUUGAGGCUUUAAAAAACCAAUUUCCCCUCACCCAAACCGAACAGACUUAUCGAUCGAAUCUGCUUAGCAACGAAAAUCAAUUACUCACUGAGAAGCAAGUCGUGGAUGAGAUAAAGUAUUUACGAAAAAGACCAUUCCACCUCAAUAAACAGAAGGUUGAUAGAAGAUUGAAUCUGCUUGAACAGCUGCACGAAAAAGGAAAAGGUGUUGGCUACACGACUAUGAAGUUUAAACAAGAUGGUCAAAUCAAGUAUAAGUAUGGUACAGUGUUUCACUAUGGGAAAAAUGUGCUGUGCACGUGUUCACAUGUUGUAGAAAAGGAAAAACAGCUUGGCCGUAUGAGUGUUACCUUUAAAUGGCUAGAUCUGGAGAGUGAAGAACCCCAAAAUAACCCUGUGAUACGCACAUACCCACCUCCACAAUGCGACUGUUCACUAUCCUGCGAGCACAGUCACAGGAAGGGUAUUUACACAAAAAUUACCCAACACGGGGACGUGGACGUGGACGAAUCUGACCUAGCAAUGUUUCGAGAAGACCAAAUGAAUGCAGAUCCACAGCUACCUUCAAUUCAGUCGCACUAUGGCGUGGCAGAAGAUGGGAAGUUUUACCACAUCUUUUUCUGGGAUUUGCAAAAAAUAUUCCACAUUUCAAAUGCACCAACGCAAACUACAUUGGACAAAUACAGUGUAGGGAAAAAAGAUAUUGGAUCAUCAAGCUUUCCUUUUGAGUCUCCAGCACCUAAAGGAGCCAGUGGUUCUCCUGUCAUGGUUUAUGAAAAGUUUGAACAAAAUUCUAAACAAAAGUUUUGUCUUGCUGGGGUAAUGAAGGAAGGCUGGGAAGGCAUACAAUGUGCCGAAUCAACCGAAUCACUUUGUGACCUUAAGGAAGCACUUGGUGGGCUUAUUGAGCAGCACGAUAAAUACAAAGAAAUGCAUGAAAUGUGGUCAAUACUGAAUCAAAUGGCACUAAGAAUGUCUGUAGGACGACUUCGAAUGGCGCUUAGACCAAAUAUACUUGAAACGAGGACAAGACUUCAAACGAGGUUUCAAGAUAUGAAGUAUAUGGAAUAUACCAUUGUGCUAAAUACUUAUAUGCAAGAUAUGCAAGAUAUGAUGGAAUUUAUACGAGAAUUUUAUAUCGAUACGGAAGAUGUGCCAGAUAAUGUGCUAACUGUUAAGAGAGAAUUCACGACAGAUUAUGCAAUUAUGAAAAAUUUGUUAAGAUGGCUGAACGGAGAGAUCAAAUGUGCAUGUACAUAUAUCCUUACAUUUUAUCAAGGAACAGGACCACUAAGCGAUCUUAAUUAUUUAGUGUAAGUAUAAUAGCUAGUGGCAUUGUAGUUUUUUGCACUUUCUCAGUUUUAAUAUAUAUAAUUACAAAUGCUGCAAUAAUUUAUUUAGUCUGCAUGGUCAGACUGUACCUACAUAAUUAUAUGACUUAUAUUCUAGCACAUAAAAAUUAUCUGCAAUUGCAACUUGUAUAUUUUGUACAUGUAUGUUUUUUGAGAAAUUGAACAAGACACAUUUAGAAAAUAAA